UUUUUUUUUUUUUUUUUAACUUUUACUAUGGUUAAUAGAGCAACGAUGUCAUGUUAUAAGCCGGAAGGCUGGAACGACGGUGCAGAUUACCUGUGUCCUGUUACAUAUUGCCCCCCAAACCCUUUGAAUCAACAACUUGGAAAUUUUUCUGCUGCGACUUGUGUGUAUGAUGAAUAUAUAUCAAGCAGUGGCCAAAAAGAAUAUCAUCUUGGGUGUGUCGUAAGAGAUUUUUGUAAUAUGAAAAUGGCCUGCUCUCAGUUAGUUUUGGAUAUGACUGAAAUGCCCCAGGCCUACAUUGGAAAUGCAUCUGAAUGGGGUACGAAGAGUUUAAGAGUUGUUGCUAAUGGGUGUGAAUCAGGAAAUUUUAUCGACAACGAUCUUGGAGAAUUCAAAUAUAGUGCAGUCAAUGCUAUUAAAUAUGCGAUCCCUUCUCCGACUUUUAGCAUGCCUACUUCUGCUGCCAAUGUUUUGAACACAUCCUCUUUAUUUGUAUAUAUGUUAAUAGCUUUACUUUUCAUGAAUCUUACCCGAAGGUUAAGUAACUAAAUAAAUCCAGAUGUUUUCUGUAAAUACCAGCCAACCCUUUUUUUAAAGAAAAUUAAUAGA